AUGAUCGAUCUAUCGCCCCUCGCUGCACGGCCGCCGUUGCCACCUCCACCCCGGCCUCCCGUACCUCCAAAGCCUACUUCCCAAUCAUAUGCUUCACCCCAGCAGCAACAACGGAAGCAUCAACAGCGGCUGCAACAACAGCAGCGACCCUCAGACGACCACACCGAACCUUUUUGUCGGCUCAAUUUUGACUCAGAGCUGUAUGGGGAUGCAUUUCCUCGAACGCUCCACAACUUGGUCGAACUUCGGGAAGAAGAGUCCCGCGCGGCACGGGCACGGGCCGCGGCAAGGGUCGCUGCAAUGGCAAACUCGAUAGCGACUGUGCCAAGGCGUGGCCGAAGACUGCGGCGAAACCUGCUCAUGGCUUGUAUUUUACUCGGCUUCUUUUUCUCGCUGCUCGAUACGACCAUCAUCUCAACAUCCCUCUUGGCGACAUCGGAGGAUCUGAAUGGCUUUCGGGACUCCUCGUGGGUGGUGAUAGGAUAUUUAUUAACAUACAUGGGCUUCUCUAUUUUCUUCGCCAAGCUCAGCGACAUCUACGGCCGGCGCAACAUUCUCAUUUCCUCAUGGAUCAUCUUCGUGAUCAGCUCUGUUGCAUGCGGUUGCUCCUAUGAUAUGACACAGCUUAUCGUCUGUCGCUCGUUCCAAGGCAUUGGAGGCGCCGGUCUCUACAGCCUCACCACUAUCAGUCUUCCCGAAAUUGGCCCUGCACACAAGCCUGAUUUUAUCGGAAAGAUUAUUGGUAUCACGCUCUCGCUGUCUUUUGUGCUUGGCCCCGUCCUUGGUGGCUUCAUUCCCCAGGUCUCCAGCUGGCGGGUCAUUUACUGGCUUAACGCCCCUUUCGCCGUUGUCGCCAUAACGGGUAUUGUUUUCUUAUACCCAGUCGAGCCGGCGCGAUGCCACGGCACAAAUCGAACCAUGCGAAGAGUCGACAUGAUCGGCAGUCUUCUGCUAUUGGCCAGUUGUGUGCUGCUCGUGAUCGCCAUGCAGGAGGCCGGAUCGCUGAUCGUUCCCUGGAAUAGCCUGUUGGUUCUCACCAGCUUGACAUCUGCGGCCAUCUGUUUUGCGCUCUUCAUGGGCUGGGAGUCCUUACUCUCCUCAGGCCGCUACUGGGAAAUGGAGCCAAUUUUCCCUUUGCGCUUGUUGAAGAAUCGUGUCUACCUCAGCUGCCUAAUGGACAAGUUUCUGGUGGGCUACGUGUAUCUUUGCCUCGUCAUUACCGUUCCUCAACGCUUCCAGAUUGUCAACGGCGAAAGCGUAUUCAAGACUGGCCUGCAUCUUUUGCCCAUGCUCGGCGGGACAGCGUUCGGCUGCCUGAUCACUGGUCCUCUCAACGCGAAAAAGAACCGUACCUCACCGGUGGUUGUGGUGUCGUGCGUCUUGAUGCUCAUUAGUGUCAGCCUGCUUGCCACGGUCAACUCGACAGGUUACAAAUCGGGACCCUUGUACGCUUAUUUGGCCGUGUUUGGCAUCGGCUUUGGACUCUUCAUGUCGGCGGGCACUAUGCUGUCCACGGCGCAAGCACAGUUGGACGACCAUGCAGCCGCCCAAGGCGCCAUUUCGCAGCUUCGAAUCCUUGGCGGUGUCAUCGGCUUGACGACAUUCACCAUCAUUUUCAACACCAGGGUACAAUCGGCCAACGUUCUCGAGACGCUCACGCCCAUGCAAAUGGACGUUCUGCGCCGGUCGCCGACCGCGCUCGUCGAAAUCUGGCCAGACUUGAAGCAGCUGAUUGCAGGCACCUACAGCGCUGCCUUCCACGACAUGACAUCCAUCCUGGCAGGAAUUGCGGCUCUUGCCUUGUUCGUCAGCCUCGGCACGCUCGAAAAGAACCCGCCACCGAUUCAUCGCAAUUUCAACAAAGAAAAGGAGUUUUUAACGGGCCGGGGCUCUGACGAUAUUGAGCUCGACGAUGCCGCCAGUGAUCGGUCGCUUGUUGAGUAUCGUACGCCCAUUGGAACGGACCCGGUGCCAACGUUCUAUCCACCACCGCGAAGCCACUUUCCAUAUCGCGUUUCACAACGUCCAACACAAACAAGACGAUGGGACUGA